GUCUUGUCAGAACCACAUGGAGCUGCCGCACGUUCUGGCGCGGAGACGACAACUCGGCCACCAGAGAGGCGUUCGACAGUCGAGGAAGCACUGAAAAUGUCGAAAACAAUCACCUUCGUCACGGGGAACAAGAACAAACUUCAAGAAGUCAUGCAGAUUGUGGGGAAUAUACCUGGGUAUGAAUUGACAUCAGCUAAACUCGACCUACCGGAAUACCAGGGGGAAAUGGACGACAUUUCGCGGGAAAAAUGCUUGAUUGCGUGCAAGGAGGUCAAGGGACCGGUGCUCGUUGAAGACACGAGCUUGUGUUUCAACGCACUUGGAGGGCUCCCCGGUCCCUAUAUAAAAUGGUUCCUAGAGAAAUUGAAACCUGAAGGACUACAUAAGCUACUUGCAGGGUUCGAGGACAAAACCGCGGAAGCCGUCUGUACCUUCGCUUAUUGCGAAUCAGAAGAAUCUGGUGUGCGGCUCUUCCGCGGGGUCACCGAAGGCGAAAUUGUCUCCCCGCGAGGGAGUCAGGAUUUCGGAUGGGAUGCAUGCUUCCAGCCGAAAGACUUCGACAAGACUUAUGGAGAGAUGUCCAAAGAUCUCAAGAACACAAUCAGCCAUAGAUACCGGAGCUUAGAGAAGUUUCGUCAAUUUCUCCUCACAGGCGAAACAUUGUGACGUGGUCGCAAGCGUCAGUCAGAGCUGGUGCUCAAUAAAGAUCACGACUUCCGCUGACAGCGCGUUGUUCCGAGUGAAUCGCUCCUUCGUUUCCUUCGGAGUUUAUUGCAUAUAUUCGCUACAUCAGAUUUCCGUGAGCCCUAACAAGCACGC